CUCAACAUUGUCCUUCACUCCAUCACAUCACGCACCAUGGACACAGACAACACCGUUGACAUCGUCGACACGGACACGAGCACUGACGAAUACGAGUUGCCACCGCACCCAUGGUUCCGAGAGUCCCUCAGUCAUCUCAACAACAUCACUCCUGUAGAGGACCGCAAGGUCUUCUUCGGUCGUCACCAAUUCCUUGGGGGCCAUCUCCUUGCUUUCGAACCCACAGUGUCUAUUGGCCCGGGAGCCACCAGCCGCUUUCUAUCCGCCCCAUCCCCCGUCGGGUACUGCACAAACCCAGCCUCGUCGGGGCCAGAAGAAGUCGACAUGUCUAUACUCACCCACCUCGACAUGAACCGCAACUUGAUCGGGGACGACGGCUUUGCUACCGCCCUCUGGUUGGCAUCCCGAAGCCCAAACCUGGAAAGCCUCACCUGCUCAGGCAACAUGAUCGAGUUUGAUUACGACGAGCCCCGUGAAGCGGCUGCCGUGCUGACGGCGCAACUGGCAAAAUCUAAUCUCCGCUACCUCGUCCUUGACAACAACGACAUGUCGGUGAACCCCAAGAGUUUCCAAGAACUUUUCAAGGCGUGGGCCCGUCUUCCACGCCCACCACCCAUGCAAGAGCUCCACCUGCAGUACUGCGGACUUGGUCUGGAGCACGCCAUCUCGUUGGCGCUCUUUGCCUUGUCCCCGGCCGCCAGCAAUCUGCAGGUGCUUUACCUCGACAACAAUGACUUCACCGACAAGGGGUUCUACUUCUUGUCAAUGAUGCUUACAUACAACUACACUAUACGCGCUGUCUCUCGAUACGUGACGCACGCCUACGAUUCCAGCUUCCGCUCAGGGGGCACAUGGAGUAUUCCAGAGGACGAUUCCGCCGCAAUGGAGUUCCUUCGCUUUGCGUCAGUGACGUGUGACCGCAACGAAGCCCUGCACAAUCGAAUCAUUACCGCAACGCGUCGAGCCUUGCCCUCCCUGCGAAUGGUUGCCCACGCCAAGCCAUUGGAGGAAGAAACCACAGACCCCGACCUACAAGGCCUCAAGCUAAACAACGACUCGGAGGGGCAGGAGACCCAAGUGAGGGCAGAACCUUCCACCAAGCCGUUCCCUUUUAUGAAGCUCCCAUACGAGGUACGCCUUCUCGUCGCGCGGCACGCUUCCGGCGACCCAGGGGCGUUUAACACCGACCAGCGCUUAAGUCGACUGCCCUGUUGA